AUGUAUAAAUCCAAAUUACGGUUAUUACUAAUUCAAAUCGUUAUCUGUAGCUUCUUUUGCAUUGAACACGGUCACGGCAAAGAAAAGGAAUGUAAAAUUGUUACAAAUAAAGGUAAACAACAGCGAAUAUGUGGCUAUGUAUGUGAUGAAAAUUGCGUGGACGGCAUUUGUGACUUUAAACCGAAGGGUUGCGUAUGUAAAAAGGGUUCUCAUCAAGAGAAUAACAAAUGCCAGCCGGAUUGUGCCGCAGGAUGUCCGGCCAAUUCCACAUGCAUCGAAGGCAGUAAUAAUUGUCGCUGCAAUGAAGGUUAUACCCGGGACUCUUCCGAUCAAUGCUCACCAGUUUGUACUGAGGAUUGUGGCGAAACACGGUAUUGUGCUAGUCCUAAUGUAUGUGCGUGCAAAACGGGGUUUGUGGAGAUAAACAAUGUUUGUGCUCCUAUAUGUUCGGAAGUAUGCGGAGAACAUGAGUAUUGCGGCGCGCCUAACGAGUGUCUGUGCAAUGACGGUUAUGCAAGGAGUACCGAAGGCAAAUGCGAGCCCCAGUGCGAUGUGGAUUGCGGCGUGAACGCUUUUUGCUCUUCGCCCAACAAUUGUACCUGUAAGAAUGGUUUCAUGGAAAGUAAGGAAGGCUGUCGACCGAUUUGCUCGCAAGGAUGUGUCGCUAACGAGCAUUGUGCAGCACCAAAUACCUGUAACUGCAACGAGGGUUAUACUAGGAACACCACCGGUCAAUGUGCACCCCAGUGCCAUACGGCAUGUGGUGAGGCCAGUUACUGCGCCGGACCCGAUCGUUGUGAGUGCAAAGUCGGUUACGAGCAACGCGACAUUGGUUGUGUGCCAAGUUGUCCACAAGGUUGUGCAGAUCAUCAGCAUUGCGUGGCCCCCAAUAAAUGCGCUUGCAGCACUGGUUACCAGAAAACGAUUGAUGGUGGCGCGCAAUGUGAACCGAUCUGCGAUGCGGCGCUCUGCGGUAAUGCAACUUGUCUGCGACCAGGUAUUUGUGAGUGUGCCAAAGGUUAUGCGCGACUCAACGACAGCAUUAAUUGUCUGCCCCAUUGUACGGGCGGUUGUGGGCCAAAAGGUCUUUGCACAGCACCCGAUCGUUGUGAAUGCAUCGAAGGUUACAUGCGCAAUGGCGCCGUAUGUGUACCCCAGUGCAAAUUUGGGUGUGGCAUAAAUGCACAUUGCACCGCACCAGAUGUGUGUCAAUGCAUGGAAGGCUUUGACAACAAAUCGCUUCACACAAUGGUACAACAUUGUCAGCCAAUAUGUGAGCCUGCGUGUUCUCUACACGCUUAUUGCGUGUCGCCGAAUCACUGCAGCUGCAUCGCGGGCUACAGCGUGGUCGACGAUCGGUGUGUGCCGCAAUGCAAGGACAAGUGUGGCGCUAACAGCAAAUGUAUUUCGCCCGACAGAUGUCACUGCGAUAGCGGUUUUCUGGAGCAGGAUGGUAAAUGUGUGAGUUCGUUGAAGACGUGUAUAAGGGAAAUAUUAUUCAUUCCUAUGCAUGUUUCCUGUGACACCGGUUCAUUUCUGAUAUAUUUGAUUUAUGGUGCACUAGUCGGUUUCGUGCUAAUAUGCACGUUUGUCACUUACAAAGGUGUACAGCACUUGCGCCAUAGAGGUAAAUACGUAGCGCCACCACAGAAUUUCAUAAUCACCUAUCAGCCGCGCGGUCGUGAAGACGACGAUGAGUGCACGAAUGCCGAUGGCGAACUGGCAAGCCCCAGCUACAGCCAGCCGCCAGCCUAUAAUACGCUAACCACAAAAUGUUGA